GCCAAUUCUAUACCAAAAAAACCCUUAUAUAAAAUAUAAUUAUCUAAAUAAAUAACUUCUCAGUUAUCUUAUGGUGUUAAAGAUCUGCAAAGAUUAUGGUAAGAUACAUUCCAAUUUUGUUACCCUAAACCUACUACUACGUAUGGGAAGAUCUGCCGUAGAAGAAGACCCAAUGAUGAAAAGAAUAAUAAAUCUUUUAACUAAAUCUCAGGUACCGGAGUUGAGCGAAAGUUUAUAAGUGUGCUUAGUUUGUUUGCUCAUAUUUCUCACCAUUCUCCAAAAAUUUUCCUUGUCUAAAUUCUAAUGCCGUCUCUCGGAAUUCUUCCCAAAGAAGUGAUGAUCGAGAUUCUCUCCCAACUUCCUCCCGAAUCUCUACUUCGUUUCAGGUGCGUUAACAAAUCCUGGAAUGCACUGAUCAAUGACUCUAAAUUCGGAGCAAAACACUACUCCAAUUCUCAACGGUGCAAACACGUUUUUCUCUGGUGUCCUCGCAUUGACACAAAGGUAAAUACCUUCUCCUUCCUCGAAUUACCCCUUUCACUCAAUUCAUCAAUGUCCUUUUUCGAUAUUGAUUUCCCAUUGAACGAGUAUUUUCGGUCGGUAGAAAUCAUUGGGCACUCUCACGGCUUAAUUUGCCUCAUUGUUCGUCAUUGGGACAUUUACCUCUGGAAUCCCUUGACUAGAGAGUUUCGUAAACUUCCACCGUCGGUUAUAGUCCAUCCUCGUGACAGGUACAAUUCGUUUAUAAAGGCAGUUGGAUUUGGGUACGAUUCAAAAUCUAUGGAUUUUAAAGUGGUUAGGUAUAUGGGUUUAGAAGAACCUGGAUUUUAUUAUACUUCCAAAGUCGAGAUUUAUGAUUUGAGCAAAGAUAAAUGGAGAGAAAUUGAAAGUCCUUUUCUUACCCAUAGAUUUUGGAAGCCUUGUUUUAAUAUGUGUCAUGAAGGAACAUGUUACUGGUGGGGGCUGAAUGAAGAAGGUAUCAAGACUCUAGAGACAUUCCACAUGAGCGAUGAGGUUUUCGGCCAAAUUCAGGUACCCAAUGAUUUCAAUGUGAUAGAUAAGUGUUUAGGGAUUUUUAAUGGAUCCAUUGUCCUGUUUCCUUAUCUAUAUAAAGGAUAUGAUAGAAUGUUCAACGUGUGGAAGAUGGAGAAAGAUGAACUCGGUGGGGUUUCAUGGUCAAAAACGACAUUGACAAUUGGGUCGGUUUUUGGAAUUGACAAGGCAUGGUUGAUUGUGAACUCCGAAGCACUUGUUAUGGAGGUCAAUGAAGGAGGAUUGAUUUUGUACAAUGAUACUAUUGCUACUACUUUUGUUAAGAGUUUGGUAUGAAGGAGGAAAUAACAUCAUUUAUGAAUUUUGAAUUAAUCACUUAGCUUUUAUACAAAAUUCUAUAAAAAUUCACUAGAUACUUUAA